UUGUGAGAGACGAUCUCUUUGAGAGAACAUUUUUAAUUGGGCUAACCCAUUACAUAUUUUUUAAAAUAUUGCAAAUAGACAUUAAAAAUGAUAUAAGUAGAUAUUUAAAAUAUUAAAAAUAAGUAUUAACGUUAAUCUUACCCGGCAGUACAAAAAAAGCCCAACGUGCUACAUCGCUUACUGUCCCCAAAAAAUCCAGACUUUACACUUUUUUCCUCUGAAACCCUAAAUCCCCGAGUCUCUUUCCUCAACCACUCAUUCGCAGUUCAAUUUCAUUCGAAACCCUAAAUCCCUAAAUCUCUUCCGUAAACCCUAAAUCUUCAAUCCUUUUGAAUGGCUAAGAAGCGAAAACUUACUACCCCUAAAGCCGCAGAAACAACAACCUCCACACAGAAGAAAAAGGUUCAGAAAACGUUAGAAGAAGAUGUCAAAGAACCGCAGGACUUACAACAAGAACAGCAAGAACAAGAGCAAGAAAAUCAGUCAACUGAAGUCGAGGUAGAAGAGGAAGAAGAAGAGGAAUUCGAAGAGGAAGAGGUGGAUGAAGAAGAGGAAGAAGAGGAAGAGGAAGAAGAAGAGGCAGACGAUGAACCGAUCUCGAAGCUUCUAGAACCAUUUACGAAGGACCAGCUUGUUAUGAUACUUCGCGAAGCAGCAGAAUCGCAUCCGGAUGUUGCUUCACGUAUACGCAAAGUCGCUGACGAAGAUACUGUUCAUCGCAAGAUCUUUGUUCAUGGAUUAGGUUGGGAUUCAACGGCGGAUUCGCUUCGAACAGCUUUUUCUCAGUACGGUGAGAUUGAAGAUUGUAAAACUGUGACUGAUAAGAUAUCGGGGAAGUCAAAGGGGUACGGCUUUAUACUUUUCAAGUCGAGGUUAGGAGCCCGAAAAGCUCUGCAGAAUCCACAGAAGAAGAUUGGGGGGAGAAUGACUUCUUGUCAAUUGGCUGCUGUAGGGCCGGUAUCAACGUCGUCAACUUCGAUUGGGGUGGUGAAACCUGAGGUUCCUGUUUCUGAGUAUACUCAGAGGAAGAUAUAUGUGAGUAAUGUAAGUGCGGACAUUGAUCCUCAGAAAUUGACUGCUUAUUUUGGAAAAUUUGGAGAGAUUGAGGAAGGACCAUUAGGGUUAGAUAAGCAAACUGGGAAGCCGAAAGGGUUUUGUUUGUUUGUUUAUAAGAGUGUUGAAAGUGCAAAGAAGGCAUUGGAGGAGCCUCAUAAGACUUUUGAUGGACAUGUUUUACACUGUCAGAAGGCUGUAGAUGGGCCGAAGCAUGGGAAACAGCAAAUGGGUCAAGGUAGAGGGCAGCAUUAUGGAAGGAGAGUGGAUAAUCCGAAUUUUUCCGGGCCAAUUGGUGGUGGUCCUGCUACUGGAGCUGGAUUAAUGGGCCAGAGUGUUGGUGGUGUUGGAUUUAAUCAAGGGGCUGUGGCAACUGCGGGUGCCCCAGGGUUGAAUCCGGCUUUGGGACAAGCGUUGACUGCGCUCCUUGCCAGCCAAGGAGCGGGGUUGGGGUUGAAUAACUUGUUAGGUACACUUGGAGGUGGAAUUAAUCCGGGUCCUGGAGGUGCGGGUCAUGGUGCGUAUGGAGGGCAGAAUGUUGGGAUGAAUCCUACAGUUUUAGGAGGCUAUGGGACUCAAGGUGGGUUACAGAGUGCGUAUCCGAAUCAGCAGAUGGGGCAAGGUGCAACUGGGAGGUCACAGCAUGGACAUCUGAGCGGUGCUGCACCUUAUGGUGGUCAUUGAGUGUGUCUUUGGCAGGAAGAUCACUAGUAGCUGUAUCAGUGUUUUAGUACUCGCGUGGUGAUUCUUCCCAAGUUUGAGGAGGCAAACAAGAUCUUUAUAAGAUAUUUACUAACAAGUUUUUGUUUUUCCUCCAGAAAGACUUGUCUUUAAACUAUCAAAUAGUAUUGCAAUUUUUAAUUUCUUUUUUUCUAUUUACGUUGUGCUUCUUUUCAAACAAUGUAAUAUUUUGAGGAUUAUGCUGUCUUUAAAGCUGGAGGGAUGAAACUUAGUACUUUUUACUAUUUCUGAUGUUUGUGAUACUUUUAAACGAUCCUGGAUGUUUUACUAAGGAUGCUAUUUUUAUCUUUAUCUUCGUAUUAACUAUUGUUUUACAAGUGCUAAUUAGUUUUUUGGAUCUUUCUGACUUUUGCUUGUCUUCACAAAUUAUUUAGUCUCCAUCUCAUUGAACCUUGUCACUUGUCUUGUAUUGAGUGCAGGCAUAUGGUGCAGAUUGCUAUUUAAACUGUGGUUGGUUUUUAUUUUCCCUUUUAUUAUGAGUUUUUAUAAUGCUAUAUUCUUUUGAGAUCAAAAAUCCGUCAAAACAAUUUUGAAGAUUAUCUAUGUGAUUUUAAGUAUAAAUUUUGAGUGUAUUUCUUGAUCCAAACUUUUUGAAGCUUUAAUUUUCUUGUUAUACUUUCUUCUCUUCCCUAUUCUGUCCUUUCUUUCCAUUAAAAACUCAGUCUGUGACUCUGACCACCAGUUCUUUUAGCCUAGUAGAAAAUGCGUGGCUCAGAUCUAAGCACCCUCUGUCAUUUGCUAUGUUGUGCUUUCUUAAUACAUGUUAAUGAUUGUUUUCAUGUUUUGUUCCAUUUGUUUGGAGUGCAUAACCGUUGUGGGCAUUAUGCUGUGAGCCUUGGCUUCUUCCAAGUCUACUGAUCUUUUAUAGUCCAAGUUUUGAAUGGCUGGUGUACUCAUACAGCAUACUGAUGCUUUUGUACUCCAUUACACCUAUUUAGCAGCAUACCAUUUUAUAGUUUUCCUUUUUACUGUGCUGCUGAAAUUCUUUACAGCUUCCUCUCUUGUAGACAGUUAUAAUAUUAGUUUACUUCUUUUUAAUAAUGUAUUCAGGAAAACACGAAAUUACUUUAGUGGUCACCUUUGUUUUUUAUUUUUGCUGAAACCACAAUCCUUUUAUCUCUGCCCCUCUUGUUGGAGCAUUAUUUAAGGCGGUAUGGUGAUAUAGCCAUUUGAUAUCUUUUAGAAGUUAGAUAGGUGUUCUUUAAGACAAUUUUUGAGUCGGGGUGAUGAUAUGUUGAUGCUAUUAGAAGGUUUGCCUGAAGUUAACAUACAUUUCCUCUCUUUUCUAAAUCUAAUGCAUUACUUGAGACUUGAGAGAGAGAAAGACUAAUUAGUGCUUUUCUCUGUUAGAGUUGUAACUUGUAACUUUGUAAGUCUGUUGUGACUAGAUGGGAAUAGUGUUUUUCUCUUUUAGUUGCAGUUCAGUUCUAUUCACUUUAGUUUCACAUCGGUUGUUAGUCUUAGAAACAGGCCCUAUUCUAUUCACUUUAGUUUCACAUCAGUUGUUAGUCUUAGAAACAGGCCCUAUAUAACCUUUCGUACUAAUUAGCUGAUGAAGAUUAAACCCUUCGGUUUACUCAGAUGUUGGCUUGUUGCAAUGUGGUGUGGAUGUAUUUAUGCUACAAAAUGAUCUCAUAUACCGAAGCGAGUAAAUUGUGGACUACAUGGGAAAGCCUUCCUUUUGGUUCGCAUUUCACUUUUUGGUUCGCAUUAACCCUGUAGUUUACGCAUUUACUCAGUUGUCGCAAAAUGACUUACAUAUGGACUUUUGUUAAGUUGCGAAAAGCCCACACAUUCAGGAGAAAUGGUGUUACUACAACAUAACAGAAGUACGACAAUAAGAACUGAGUUCUGUUGAAAAUAGCAGCAUUUUCCCUUAAAUUAGUUAUUGAGUGCUCUCUAUAUGAGCUUUCAUUAGUACAAGCUUUUCGAGUGCUUUAGUUAUCUGUACUAUUUACUAGUCACUUUGUUUUUCUAGCUCAUAGUACGGUUUUGAUUUUUACUUAUGAGCAGAAGGGAAAUCAAGGUGCAAAACUGAAAAGUGCCUUCCGAGGUGCGAUCUUGGCUGCACAGUCCACUAAUCCAUUUGUUGUCUGGCCUCGUACUAGUGACCCUGCUAUUUGUGUGGCUGAAUGCAAACGCAUUUUUGUACGUAAUUACAUGUGAAUUUGUGAUGAAACCUUGUUGGUAAACUGCUACUUGUUAUGCAUGCUUCUUAUCUGUUGACUGACGAGUUUUAGACAUGUUUGCUGUAGAAUUCUGUUUACCAAAACAUCCUCGGUGGAUAUACUUGCAAUCCAGUUAGUAAGUAAUGUCAAGUUUCAGGUCAUAAUCCGUGGCUGUCCAGUGUCAUAGAAACUUCGAGAAAAUAGAUUUUUGCUGUUCUCUGUAGCCAAGGUGGAUUGACGGUUGUUGUUGGUUGUCGGUUCAUAAUGCUCUUUGGAAGCAUUUGAGGGUGGACUCAAGCCACACACUAGAUUUGCAUCACAUUGUCUUGGUCUUUGGUUGCUGUGUAUGAUAGUAUAUUGUUGUAGUGCGGAUUGUGCGCAAGUUUAUGGAUUGAAUGUGUAUUGUGCUGCUUAAACCAUUUGUUAGUGAUAUACUUUGUUUUUCUGAAAGGUUAUAUGUGCAUUCUUGAAGAGUUCUCGUCCCUUCAUUUUGUUGAAGGUGGAGGAUCAACCAGAUGGCUGUUCUUGCAACUACAUGCCUGUGACGCCAGCAAGUGUAGCCAUAAGGGAUAGCCAUGCGUCGGGUCUGAACAGAAAUGCAGAACUUUGUGCAGAUCUAGACUUGCACUUAUGGGGUCUGAAAAUUUUGGACAUAUUUUGGACAUGGACACAACCCUAUAGGUCUCGACUCUUGAUGAGUCUAAAAUCAAAAUGGGUUUUAAUCUCAAAUUUUCUAAGACUAUAAAUUAAUAUUGGUCUAAAAUGGUUCCAAAUAAAAAUUAAAAUUGGUCUAAAUUGAUUGUGAGUUGGAUCAUAAGUAAAGUCAUAGUUUGGAGUAGGUCACAUUGGGUCCAAAAAGUUUGUUAUCUUUAAAUAAGUUUCAAUAAGAUGGUAUUAAGUUUGUGAGUAGGUCCAAAGAUAAUCAAGUCGAGCUAAUGAUCAUUAAAUUCCAUCGUUGAAUUUUGUUAAUAUGGUCACUAUAGUUGUGUUUUUUGAUGUAUUGUGGUUGUAAUUUGUAAAAAUUAAACUUUACAAUCAUGAAUAAUAAAUGAGUUAAACUA